AUGCUCGCGUCAUCAAGAACGGCGCUGCGCCAGGCGGCGACUAAGCAGCUGUCCCUCAGGACCAGCGUCCGAGCUGUCUCCGCUUGGUCGCAGGUACCGCAGGGUCCUCCAGCCAUUCUGGGUAUCACCGAAGCCUUCAAGGCCGACAGCAACCCCAAGAAGAUCAACUUGGGUGUUGGCGCUUACCGUGACGACAAGGGCAAGCCCUACGUCCUGCCAUCUGUGAGAGAGGCAGAGGAGAAGAUUGUCAAGUCGUCGCUCGACAAGGAGUACGCCGGCAUCACCGGUGUCCCCAACUUCACCAAGGCUGCCCUCAGGCUCGCAUACGGUGCCGACUCUACUCCCCUCAAUGACGACUGCAUCGCCGUCACCCAGACCAUCUCCGGUACCGGUGCCCUCCGCAUUGGUGGUGCCUUCCUCGAGCGUCACUACCCCGGCGCGAAGACCAUCUACAUUCCUACGCCAUCAUGGGCCAACCACAACGCUGUCUUCAAGGACUCGGGUCUCAAGGUCGAGAAGUACAGCUACUACAACAAGGACACCAUUGGCCUCGACUUUGACGGCAUGGUGGCUGACAUCAAGGCCAUGCCAAAGAACAGUAUCGUCCUGCUCCACGCCUGUGCCCACAACCCUACUGGUGUAGACCCUACCGAGGAGCAGUGGGUUAAGAUUGCUGAGGCUGUCAAGGCUGGUGACCACUAUCCUUUCUUCGACAUGGCCUACCAGGGCUUUGCCAGUGGUGACACCACCAAGGACGCCUUCGCUCUCCGUCACUUCAUCAAGGAGGGUCUCCGCCCCUGCCUGGCUCAGUCUUUCGCCAAGAACAUGGGUCUCUACGGCGAGCGAGUUGGUGCCUUCUCCAUCGUCUGCGAGUCUGCCGACGAGAAGAAGCGCGUUGACUCUCAGAUCAAGAUCCUUGUCCGCCCAUUGUACUCUAACCCCCCAGUUCACGGUGCCCGCAUUGCCUCUGAGAUCCUGAACGAUGCUUCUCUCAACAAGCAAUGGCUCGGUGAGGUCAAGGGCAUGGCUGACCGCAUCAUCACCAUGCGUGCCCUCCUCAAGGAGAACCUCGAAAAGCUCGGCAGCAAGCACGACUGGAGCCACAUCACCUCCCAGAUUGGCAUGUUCGCUUACACUGGUCUGACAGCUGAGCAGAUGGACAAGCUAGCAAAGGAGCACUCAGUCUAUGCUACCAAGGACGGCCGCAUCUCGGUUGCGGGUAUCACCAGCGAGAACGUCGGCCGCCUGGCUGAGGCCAUCUACAAGGUCAAGGGUUAGGAUCGUCAUGACAGUGUUCUACUUCCUUCCGUGAUUCAGCGAACCUCGUGACAUAACAUGGCGCCAGCAUUGUACUGUGCAGACAGCAUCGGCGGCUAGAUUAUACAAUGAAAAAACAUACGAGAAAUGAAACGGCUCACGAUCUUACAACCUCCUCUCAUGCCGUCUUUUGUGUUCUCGGAUCAAGGGACCUGAUUCGUUUGAUUUGGUCGAUCCUCCAAUCCUUCACCGAAGUUUUGUUCCCACUCAGACAUCACCCACUUUAUCCCCACACCCCACGAGUGGUUGGUCCUGUCGUUUGCGAGCUCAUCGGUAAAAUACAGAUCAUUACCCAGCAUAGUAUCGCUGGUAACUCGCACAGCACUGUGCAAUGACGCUAGUUCCCGUGCGCUGGGACAUCGUGAUCGCAAAUGCCAAAAGCACGC